AAUACCCGGAGGUGUCACCGCGCGUGUGUGUGUGUUAGCUAAGGGUGGGGGGGUCCGGCCUGACCCCGCCCCGCCGCCUCGCCGCCGCCCAAUGAGCAGCGCCCCCCGUCCCUCGGUGGGCUCGGUGGAUGCCCGGGCUGUAGUUGUAUAUGGUCAUGGCAGGGGCAUUCCUGGGAGUCCAGCCGAGUGACGCCGAGCUUUUUAAACCUCUCAUCCACUUCUCCUCCACCCGAAGCCCCGACUGUCUCCAGGCCGCCGCGCCGCCCUCUGCGCGUCUUUACCCGGACCAAGGACCGAGCGCGUCCGGUGCAUCAGACUCCCUCCUUCUACUUUUCUAGUCUUGUACUUGUUCUACUUGAAGCUUUCCUGCUCUUUUCCUCCCCCCGGAGCCCAUGGCUCACCCAGCGGGCUGGACUAACUGACUCUGGAUCCGCUCUCUGGCCGGAGCGCAUGCUUUCACGCUUUACGCAGACUCCAGUGAAGUGUCACUCCCAGCAGGCUUGGCACUGCCCCUACUGCUCCACUUCUCCCUCUUCUCUUCUCUUUUUUCUGCCUUUUCUUCUCUUCCCACUCCGCUUUGUGCUAUAAAAGGGGGGCACCAUGAUGAGCAACAGCAGCUACUUGGAGCCGCAGCAGCUGCCGCCGCAGUUCUACCAGAGCACCGCGGACAUCGGCGAGGAGGAGGAGGAGAUGCCGGCCACCGAGAAGGACCUGGCCGAGGACGCUCCGUGGAAGAAGAUCCAGCAGAACACCUUCACCAGGUGGUGCAACGAGCACCUGAAGGUCAUCAACAAGCGGAUCAACGACCUGCAGAAAGACCUGAGCGACGGGCUGAAGCUGAUCGGGCUGCUGGAGGUGCUGAGCCAGAAGAAGAUGUACAGGAAGUAUCACAGCAGACCCAACUUCAGACAGAUGAAGCUGGAGAACGUGUCCGUGGCGCUGGAGUUCCUGGAGAGAGAGCACAUCAAACUGGUCUCCAUCGACUCUAAAGCCAUCGUGGACGGGAACCUGAAGCUGAUCCUGGGUCUGAUCUGGACCCUGAUCCUCCACUACUCCAUCUCCAUGCCGAUGUGGGAGGACGAGGACGACGAAGACGCCAAGAAACUGACCCCAAAGCAGCGUCUGCUGGGCUGGAUCCAGAACAAGGUGCCCCAGCUCCCCAUCACCAACUUCCACCGGGACUGGAGGGACGGGAAGGCGCUGGGAGCUCUGGUGGACAACUGUGCCCCGGGUCUGUGUCCAGACUGGGAGACAUGGGAUCCCAGUCAGCCGGUGGAGAACGCCAGAGAGGCCAUGCAGCAGGCUGACGACUGGCUCGGAGUUCCACAGGUGAUCGCUCCAGAGGAGAUCGUCGACCCAAACGUGGACGAGCACUCUGUGAUGACCUACCUGUCCCAGUUCCCCAAAGCCAAACUGAAGCCCGGUGCCCCCCUGAGGGCAAAGACGCUGCACCCGAAGAGGGCCAAAGCCUACGGACCAGGUAUCGAACCUCGAGGUAACGUGGUUCUGAAACCAGCAGAGUUCCUGGUGGAGACGGUGGAGGCUGGACUGGGUGAGGUUCUGGUUUAUGUGGAGGAUCCAGAGGGACACACUGAGGAGGCCCGAGUGAUCCCCAACAACGACAAGAACAGAACCUACUCUGUGGUUUACCUGCCCAAAGUGGAGGGGCUUCAUAAAGUGAAGGUGCUGUUUGCUGGGCAGGACAUUGACAGAAGUCCCUUCAUGGUGAACGUUUCCAAGGCCAUGGGCGACCCGAGCAGAGUUCAGGCCCGUGGGCCGGGGCUGCAGCAGAUGGGGAACGUGGCCAACAAACCUACGUACUUUGACAUUUACACUGCAGGGGCGGGUGCUGGAGAUGUGGGCGUCAUCAUUGUGGAUUCAAAUGGUCGCAGAGAUACAGUGGAGAUUGUCCUCGAAAACAAAGGGGACAGUAUUUUCCGCUGCACCUAUGUUCCCGUCCUGGAGGGGCCUCACACCGUCUAUGUGACCUUUGCAGGACAGCAGAUUCCCAGAAGCCCUUUCACUGUCCACAUCUCCGAGGUUUCACAGAGCGUCCCACCUCCUGGGUCUCCGGUGCAGAUUGUACCUCAGUCCAUACGCACCCCACCCUCAGACAAGACAAGGAGAGCCCCCCCUCCAACACCGCCCAAACCCAGGCGACCAACCUGUAACCCAAACGCUUGCAGAGCGUCAGGCAGAGGUCUGCAGCCGAAAGGUCUGAGGGUGAAAGAAGUGGCUGAUUUUAAAGUUUACACUAAAGGAGCUGGCAGCGGAGAAUUCAAAGUCACUGUGAAGGGACCAAAGGGCCUUGAGGAGCCAGUGAAGGUUCUUGAGAUGGGGAACGGCCUGUUUGAGUGUAAUUAUUACCCCAUCAUGACGGGGAAGUACAUCGUGACCAUCACCUGGGGAGGACAUAGCAUCCCACGCAGUCCAUUUGAAGUACAGGUGAGCGAGGAGGCGGGGCCACAGAAAGUCAGGGCCUGGGGUCCAGGUCUGGAGACCGGUAUGGUGGGGAAGAGUGCUGACUUUGUGGUGGAGGCCAUCGGGACGGAGGUGGGAACGCUGGGUUUCUCCAUCGAGGGCCCCUCUCAGGCGAAGAUCGAGUGCGAUGAUAAAGGUGAUGGAUCAUGUGAUGUUCGAUACUGGCCGACCGAACCAGGAGACUACGCCGUCCACGUCAUCUGUGACGACGAGGACAUCAAGGACAGUCCCUUCAUGGCUCACAUCCUCCCUGCUGCCAACGACGUCUUCCCAGAGAAGGUGAAGUGUUUCGGUCCUGGUCUGGAGCCUCUUGGCUGCAUUGUCAACAAACCUGCUGAUUUCACCAUCGACACCCACGGAGCCGGCAGAGGAGAGCUGAAGCUCUACGCUCAGGACGCAGAAGGUUUUCCCAUCGACAUACAGAUCACUGAUAACGGAGACAGCACCUACUUCUGUGUUUACAUUCCCACAAAACCCAUCAAACACACCAUCAUCAUCACCUGGGGCGAAGUCAACGUCCCCAACAGCCCCUUCAGGGUGACUAUAGGAGAAGGCAGCCAUCCAGAGAACGUGAAGGUUUACGGUCCAGGUGUGGAGAAGACCGGACUGAAGGCCAAUGAGCCGACCUACUUCACUGUGGACUGCAGCGAGGCCGGACAGGGUGACGUUAGCAUCGGAAUCAAAUGUGCUCCAGGUGUGGUCGGACCCGCUGAGGCCGACAUCGACUUCGACAUAAUUAAAAACGACAAUGACACGUUCACAGUGAAGUACAUGCCUCCAGGUCCAGGACAGUACACCAUCAUGGUGCUGUUCGCUGAUCAGGAAAUCCCCAUCAGCCCCUUCAGAAUAAAGGUUGAUCCUUCCCAUGAUGCAGCUAAAGUCAGAGCAGAGGGACCUGGACUCAACAAGACAGGUGUUGAGGUGGGGAAACCCACUCACUUCACCAUUUACACAAAGGGAGCCGGUAAAGCCAAACCUGAGGUUCAUUUCACCGCAGCAGCCAAAGGUGAAGCCGUCAGAGACUUUGAGAUCAUCGACAACCACGACUACUCCUACACCGUCCGCUACACCGCCAUCCAACAGGGGAACAUGUCCAUCACUGUCUGUCACGGAGGAGACCCCAUCCCUAAAAGUCCAUUUAGCAUCAGCGUGGCCCCCCCUCUGGACCUCAACAAGGUCAAAGUUCAGGGCCUGAACAACAAGGUGGACGUUGGGAAGGAUCAGGAGUUCACCGUCAGCACCCGGGGAGCUGGAGGUCAGGGCAAACUGGACGUAAAGAUCACCUCGCCGUCCCGUCGACCAAUUCCCUGCAAGCUGGAGUCAGGCACGGCCAACGAGCUCCACACGGUGAAGUACAUCCCCCCCGAGGAGGGACCGUACAGGGUGGACAUCAGCUAUGAUGGGAACCCGGUCCCAGGGAGUCCGUUCACCGUGGAGGGUGUGAUGCCCCCCGACCCUUCGAAGGUGCGAGCCUAUGGUCCAGGUCUUCAGGGAGGUGUUGUAGGUAAACCGGCCCCCUUCGCCAUCGACACAAAGGGAGCCGGUACCGGUGGUCUGGGCCUGACGGUGGAGGGGCCCUGCGAGGCCAAGAUCGAAUGUCAGGACAAUGGAGACGGAUCCUGCUCUGUCUCCUACCUGCCCACCGAGCCCGGAGAGUAUGCCAUCAACAUCCUGUUCGCAGACCAACACAUUCCCGGCUCCCCCUUCAAGGCUGCGGUCCAGUCUGUGUUCGACCCCACCAAGGUGACGGCGAGCGGCCCCGGCCUGGAGCGAGGCAAAGUCAACGAGGCCGGGUCCUUCACGGUGGACUGCUCCAAAGCCGGAGAGGCCGAGCUCACCAUCGAGAUCAUCUCGGACUCCGGGGCUAAGGCCGAAGUUCACGUCCAGAACAACAGCGACGGGACCUACUCCAUCACCUACAUCCCCCAGUUCCACGGCAUGUACACCAUCACCAUCAAAUAUGGAGGACACGCCGUGCCCAAGUUCCCCACCCGGCUGCAGGUGGAUCCAGCCGUCGACACCAGCGGGGUGAAGAUCUACGGACCAGGAGUCGAACCCAGAGGUGUCCUGAGGGAAGUGACCACACAUUUCAUUGUGGACGCCCGGGCUCACUACAAGAGCGGCGGCAGCCAAAUCAAAACCUGCAUCUCCAACCCGUCAGGCGCCAACACCGACGCUUACAUCACCGACAAGGGAGACGGGAUGUACCGAGUGGAGUACACGCCGUACGAGGACGGUUUACAUCUGAUUGAAGUGUUGUUCGAUGAGGUCUCAGUCCCUAAGAGUCCGUUCAGGGUUUCUGUGACUGAGGGUUGUGAUCCCAGUCGAGUCCGAGCCUACGGUCCGGGUCUGGAGGAAGGACUGGUCAACAAACCAAACCGCUUCACUGUUGAGACCAGGGGUGCCGGCACCGGGGGUCUGGGUCUGGCCAUCGAGGGUCCAUCUGAGGCAAAGAUGUCGUGUAAGGACAACAAAGACGGCAGCUGCAGUGUGGAGUACAUCCCCUUUACUCCUGGAGAGUACGACGUUAACAUCACCUUCGGAGGUCUCCCGAUCCCAGGGAGUCCAUUUCGGGUCCCGGUUCGAGAGCUGGUGGAUCCCAGUAAGGUGAGGUGUUCAGGUCCUGGACUGGGAAGUGGAGUCAGAGCUCACGUCCCUCAAACCUUCACUGUGGACAGCAGCAAGGCUGGAGUGGCCCCCCUGGAAGUCCAGCUCUAUGGGCCAACAGGUGUGGCCGAACCCAUCAGCAUCACCGACAAUGGUGACAGCACACACACGGUGAACUACACUCCGGCCAGCGACGGCCCGUACACGGUCUGCGUGAAAUAUGCUGACCAGGAGGUCCCUCGCAGUCCUUUCAAGAUCAAGACGCUGCCGGCUCACGAUGCCAGUAAAGUCCGAGCCAGUGGUCCAGGUCUGAACGCGUCCGGGGUUCCUGCCAGUCUGCCGGUCGAGUUCACCAUUGACGCCCGGGACGCUGGAGAGGGACUGCUCACGGUCCAGAUACUGGGUCCGGAUGGGUGCAGGCGAGAGGCCUCUGUGUUUGUGGAGGACUGGGGCAGGAGGGUGUGGGAGUCUCAUAUAGUAAAGAAAACCAUCCCCUUCAGUAUUCUAAAGAGAGGCUGUGAUCCGGAGGGAAAACCCAAGAAGGCGAACAUCCGGGACAACAGAGACGGGACAUACACAGUGUCCUACGUCCCAGACAUGACCGGACGCUACACCAUCACCAUCAAAUAUGGAGGAGACGAGAUCCCGUACUCGCCGUACCGAAUCCACGCCCUGCCCAGCGGGGAUGCCAGCAAGUGUCUGGUCACAGUGUCAAUUGGAGGACACGGACUGGGAUCAGGUAUCGGCCCGACCAUCCAGAUUGGCGAGGAGACAGUCAUCACCGUGGAUGCAAAGGCUGCUGGGAAAGGUAAAGUCACCUGUAAGGUGUCGACUCCUGACGGGGCGGAGCUGGACGUGGAUGUGGUGGAGAAUGCCGAUGGGACGUUUGACAUUUACUAUACGGCCCCCGAGCCUGGGAAAUACGUCAUCACCAUCCGGUUUGGAGGGGAACACAUUCCCAACAGCCCCUUCCACGUGGUGGCAAGUGACACGGUCCCAAUAAUAGAGGAGCCAUGUGACAAGCUUCAGUUACAGCAGCCCUACUCUCCCUAUGUGGGCUUCUCCCCUCAAUGGGCCACCGAUGAUCCCAUCAGCCCUGUGGAUGGGAUGGAGCCCAUGCUCCGCCCCUUCAGUCUGGUCAUUCCCUUCACUGUGCAGAAAGGAGAGAUCACAGGUGAAGUGCGAAUGCCGUCUGGUCGAACCGCCUGUCCUCACAUCACCGACAAUAAGGACGGCACCGUCACAGUGAAAUAUUCCCCGACUGAACGAGGUCUGCAUGAGAUGGACAUCAAAUAUGAUGGAAACCACAUCCCAGGAAGUCCUCUUCAGUUCUAUGUUGACGCCAUUAACAGUGGUCACGUGACAGCGUAUGGUCCUGGUCUGAGCCACGGCACCGUGAACAGACCGGCCACCUUCACUAUCGUUACUAAAGACGCUGGAGAAGGUGGCCUCUCUCUGGCUGUGGAGGGUCCGUCUAAAGCAGAAAUCAGCUGUAAAGACAACAAAGACGGGACCUGUACCGUGUCCUACCUGCCCACUGCACCUGGAGACUACAACAUCAUUGUCAAGUUUGAUGACAAACACAUCCCCGGCAGUCCCUUCACCGCCAAGAUCACUGGUGAUGACUCCAUGAGGACGUCUCAGCUCAACGUUGGCACCUCAACAGAUGUUUCCCUGAAGAUCACAGAGACGGACCUGAGCAGUCUGACGGCGACUAUCAGAGCGCCUUCUGGAAAUGAGGAGCCAUGUCUGCUGAAGAGGCUUCCCAACAGACACAUUGGUAUCUCAUUCACGCCAAAGGAAGUGGGUGAACACGUGGUGAGUGUGAAGAAGAAUGGGAAACAUGUGACCAACAGUCCCUUUAAGAUCAUGGUGGGUCAGUCAGAGAUUGGAGACGCCAGUAAGGUGAAGGUCUACGGUCAGGGGCUGGUGGAGGGACACACCUUCGAGGUCGCCGAGUUCAUCGUCGACACCAGGAACGCAGGUUAUGGAGGUCUGGGUCUGUCCAUCGAGGGUCCCAGUAAAGUGGACAUUAACUGUGAGGACGUGGAGGACGGGACCUGUAAAGUCACCUACUGUCCAACUGAACCUGGAAACUACAUCAUCAACAUCAAGUUUGCCGACCAACACGUACCAGGAAGUCCGUUCACAGUGAAGGUGUUCGGCGAGGGUCGGAUGAAGGAGAGCAUCACCAGGAGACGUCAAGCCCCGUCCAUCGCCACCGUGGGCAGCACCUGUGACCUCAACCUCAAAAUCCCAGGGAACUGGUUUCAGAUGGUCUCAGCUCAGGAGCGUCUGACUCGGACGUUCACUCGCAGCAGUCACACCUACACUCGCACCGAGAGGACAGAGAUCAGCAAGACCCGAGGAGGAGAGACGAAGAGGGAGGUCCGGGUGGAGGAGAGCACACAGGUCGGAGGAGACCCCUUCAGGGACGUGUUCGGAGACUUUCUGGGACGUGAGAGUCUGAGCGGGUUCAGCGGCGGCAUGCCGGCCGGCAGCCGCCCGCCUCUGCAGGACGGUGAGGCAGGUAACCAGGAGAUGACGGCUCAGGUGACCAGUCCUGGAGGGAAGACGGAGGACGCAGAGAUCAUCAGAGGAGAGGACAGCACCUACAGCGUCCGCUUCAUCCCUCAGGAGAUGGGACCUCACACCGUUAAUGUUAAAUACCGCGGCCAACACGUCCCCGGGAGCCCCUUCCAGUUCACUGUGGGGCCCCUGGGAGAGGGAGGGGCUCACAAGGUCCGAGCAGGAGGAACCGGACUGGACAGAGGAGUGGCAGGGAUCCCAGCUGAGUUCAGUAUCUGGACCAGAGAGGCCGGAGCUGGAGGUCUCUCCAUUGCUGUGGAAGGACCCAGCAAGGCCGAGAUCACCUUUGAGGACAGGAAGGACGGAUCCUGUGGAGUGGCCUACGUGGUUCAAGAGCCAGGUGAUUAUGAAGUUUCCAUAAAAUUCAACGACGAACACAUCCCAGACUCCCCGUUCAUCGUCCCCAUCGCCACACUGUCGGACGACGCUCGCCGCCUCACCAUCACCAGCCUGCAGGAGAUGGGUCUGAAAGUGGGGCAGGAGGCCUCCUUUGCUGUGCAGCUGAAUGGAGCCAGAGGGCUGAUCGAUGCUAAGAUCCACACACCAUCAGGAGCCAUAGAGGAGUGCUACAUCACUGAGAUGGACAGCGAUCAGCACGCCAUCAGGUUCAUCCCAAGAGAAAAUGGCGUCCACUCUAUUGAUGUUCGUUUCAACGGCAGCCAUGUCCCAGGCAGCCCCUUCAAGAUCCGAGUGGGAGAACCGGGACAGGACGGAGAUCCCGGCAUGGUGUCUGCAUUCGGACCGGGACUGGAGGGAGGAACCACAGGUGUGGCGUCAGAGUUUAUUGUGAACACCUGUAACGCCGGCUCAGGAGCUCUGUCUGUGACCAUCGACGGGCCAUCCAAAGUGAAAAUGGACUGUCAGGAGUGUCCUGAGGGCUACAAGGUCUCCUAUACCCCCAUGGCCCCUGGAAACUACCUGAUCUCCAUCAAGUAUGGAGGACCCCAGCACAUUGUAGGAAGCCCCUUCAAAGCCAAAGUCUCAGGACCUCGUCUGUCCGGUGGCCACAGUCUGCACGAAACGUCAUCUGUUCUCGUGGAAACUGUCACCAAGUCGUCAGUGAUGGGCGGGGCCUUCGCCUCUUUACCCAAAUUCUCCUCAGACGCCAGUAAAGUCAUCUCCAGAGGCGCCGGCCUAUCGAAGGCCUUCGUUAGUCAAAAGAACACGUUCACAGUCGACUGCAGCAAAGCAGGCACCAACAUGUUGAUGGUGGGCGUCCAUGGGCCGAAGACGCCCUGCGAGGAGGUGUACGUCAAACACAUGGGCAACAGGAUGUACAACGUCACGUACACCGUCAAAGAGCAGGGCAGCUACAUCCUCAUCGUCAAAUGGGGGGACGAGAACGUCCCCGGCAGUCCCUUCCACGUCACCGUCCCUUAAACCUGAACUCUUUGUCUUCAUGUCCGUCCCUCCUCUGCAGCUCCUCCAUGAUGCACUGAAGACCUUCACCUGGGGACUGUUUUCACUCUUUGUGCCAAAGUUCUCAUUUAUAUCAUCCUGUUUCUUUUGUCUACAGCAACACGACAGUUUUAUAUUCACUGCUAAUCACAUGCAUUAGACCACAGCUUUAGUUUGUUAUUCAUCCUGUCAGAUUUGUAUUUGAAAGGUGCAGAGAGGCUGAAUGAAUGAGAACCACCGUCUAACUAGUUUAAUCUGAAUGUAACAUUCGUGGACUGAUACUAAACCACACUGUGGACUGACUGUUCUCCUGAACGUGAUAUCAGUAACACCUCGAGGGAAGUUCUUCAAAUUUGGUUCAAGCACUCAAAGACUCAAAGAUGAACUGGUUAAAUGUUAGUGGUCAAAGGUCAAAAGUCACUGUGACCUUGUUGAACACAUCACUAACUAACUGUAACUGUGGUGGAGGCGCACAGCCACGAGGAGGUGACGAGGAGGUUGAUUCAGAUUCAGUGAAGUGAAAGUCGAUCGUCCUUUCAUGAAUUUAAUGAUUUGGAUAAAACCACUCAGCAGAUGUUUGUGUUGUCAGAUGCAGAUGUUUGUGAGCAGCUGGUUUCAGGUGGAACCUGUGUGACGAAGCUGCGGUGACGUCGGAGGAUCAGGACAAACUGUGCUGUGACUUUAAGAAGCUCUUUGCUUUUCAUUUUAUUUAUUCUCAGACCUUUUGUUUCCUCUUUUUAUUUUCUUUGACAGAAAAUGGUCUUAUUACUGAGAAGAGAGGCUGAUUUGUUUUUUACCACAGGAAGGAUGAGCAGUGAGACAAUCAGUUUAUUUUGUGAAUGAUGAAACAACAGGAGAUGACACAGUAUUACAGAGUGACAUUUUAUAGUGAUUUUGUAUCAGAAAUGGAUGAAUGAAAUAAAUUUUACCAGUUUGAUAUGUUAACCUUGUGCAGGCAUAAUUAAAGCGUAUCUCUGCUGCU